ACAUCAUGCAUCCCGUUACCAUAGUGAAGCGUCUUUUGUAAAUCGGUCACACACCGAAAUUAUACUGACUGAGUCAGAAAAAUGAACACAAACGGGAAGUAAAUAGUGUUACAUUAAUGAUUAUGAUUAACAAGAUAUGUGGACUAUGUCAGUACAGCGUAUAAGAUAGGGACGAUUUCAUUGUUAUUUUAACUUUUACACACAGAUUGAUCACACGCUUUUCCAUGCUUCAGAAGAACUAAGACAGCUGCAAAAAAAAAGAACAGUACUUAAGAAAUCUGCAAUAUGGAUGAAACAGUUUGCAAAUACUUCAACAGUAAAGCGGGAUGCCGAAACGGCGAGAAAUGUGAAUUUAAACACACUGAAUUAGAUCCAUCUGCAAUUAAAUUGUGUAAACAUUUCACCGGAGAGCCAAAUAGCUGUCUUUUUGGAGACAAAUGCAGAUUUCGCCAUGAAAGUCCAGACCCGACAAUUUUGUAUGCCGGACAGACUUUGCAGACUGAUUGCAACACGCAUGAACAUUCGUCGCAGGUCAAUUCAGCCGAAGAAGAAAAUGACAGCCACAACGAAGAUGAUUCUCAUCAGGGAUUUUUUGAAUGUGAGUAUUGUAACUUUAAAAUUGAGAUUUCAAAUCCAGACGAAGAUGAAGUGGCACUAUAUGAGAAACAUUUUAGAGAGAAACAUAUUGAUCUACUACAAGGAAGUGAAUAUAUUCUAAAGUAUCUAGGAACAGAUUCCACAAGCUUUGACGAAGAGUAUCCAGAUCUUGAAACAGCAGCUAAUGUAAAGGGGAAAAAGGUUGAAAAUAAACAGAAUGCUAAAACGUCCUCUUCCAACAAGAAUAAGAAUUUAGUGAAUGUUAGGUAUCCAGGCGGUGAAAUGAAUUUGGAACAUCAUAGAUUUCCGGAUUUUUUUUCUGAUGAGAGAAAAAAACUGCUGGAUGUGAUUGUGUCUUCGUAUGUGAGCUCAUUUUCUUCACAGAAGGAACAGAUAGCAUGCAUUAUGAAGGAGCUUGCAUUAACCGAAGAAGAUUACAGUGAAAGCCUGGGAACUGUCACUAAAUAUAUGAUGAAUGUGGGAGAGGAUUUGCAAGAAUGUGCAACAAGAUUACAAAAAAUGUUCAAGUUUCAUAAGAAUUUGUUAGUCAAUGGUCCUAAUGUAGCAUCAGAUCUUGAAAUGUUUUUUUCAAAAAUAUUUGAAAAAGAAAACAUUAUUUUGUAUAGUGAAUACAUUUCAACACUAUUAGACUAUAAGAAAAAGUUGCAGGAUCUUCGCAAUGAUAAUAAAGAGUUUGAUGAAAAAUGUAAAGAAUUUGAAAGUAAUGAAAGAUGUAUGUUGCGUUUGCAAACCUUACUGUCAAUGCCUGAGAAGCGUUUUAAGUAUUACUUCAACAUUUGCAUGCGAAUAGAGGAGAUAUGUGGACAACAAGACUGUGGAAAAAUGAAUGGAAAAUCUCAUGAAAUAAAGCUUUUGGGGGAUGCCAUCUCAGGAUGCAUUAAAGAUGUUAUGAUGCAUACUGAUUUUGAAUUGAAAUACACAGAAUAUCGAUGGAAAGGACGUCAGCUCAGAAUGUUAAGACAUAAAUAUUUCCAAGAAGCAAUCAGAGCGGCUGUUAAAAAGAUGACUACCAGUGAAGCAAUUCAGAAAGCACAAUUGGGCAGAGAAUUAGGACCAAAAAUUAAAGAUGCAAACAUCUGGGGAGCAGAACAAAUGUUACUGUCCCGGUGCCAGCUGCUUCAAAAAAAUCGCCAGCUAGAUCUACAUUAUUUGUUCCAAGACGAAGCUAGAGACUCGUUGGAAAUAUUACUACCAUCCAUAACAAACGAAAUAAAAUCUGAAAGGCCAUUACAAGCAGUACCUUUGGAUUUAACAAUAGUCACGGGAAAAGGAAAACACAGUAAAGACAAACAACCAAUAUUGAUUACAUCCGUUCAGAACAGUCUACGUCGUCAAGGAUACCCUUUUUCUGAAGAACAUCUUGGUGCUUACCUGAUUUACUUUAAGAUUUAAAAUCAAUGUAUACCUCACUAUACUUCCAAGAAAUACACGUUCGAAUGCACAUUACGGAAAUCUUUGGUUUAUUGAUUUUGAUAAACAUAUUUAUUUAUUCAUAGUCUUUUGAAAUUACUUUUUUUAUUGUACUUAAUAGUGUGUUAUAAAUAUCUAAACAUGUUAUAAAUAAAAAAAAUGUAUUAUAAGCAAAAAAAAUAUCUCAUGAAAAACAAUUACUCAAACUGCAUGUAUUGUACAAUGAAUUUAAACUUUCUACUGGAACGAAAGCAAGUAAAGAUAAAGAGGAAUAUAAUGAUCAACAAGUAUGUAAAGGUUGGUUGAAAACUAUCAAAUUUGAGCUCUAUGUAUGGUAUUGCAAAUUUUGUGCCUUACAAAAAGUGUUAACCUGUGAAUUGUUUUCAUCGGACAAGUAAAGUACUUAUGACUGAAUGGGUUGUAUUAAAUGACGCUAAUUAUCUUAGAUUUCACUUCUAAAGAAAUUACUUUAAUUUUGAUAAAGGACGAUCCAUGAUUAUGUAGCAGCAUUCUAGUAUAAUAAGCAUAUCAAAUAAAUAACCCCUGUUGAUGUGAUGUUCCUGCAGAAGUUUUAUAGCUUAAUAGUCUUCAAUGUCAAUUAUAUUAUAGUCAUUAUUGUCCAUAAAAACACAAAAACAUUAAGGCAGUGUUCUUUAAUUUUUUUCAUCCAGAAAAGCUUUUUUGACGCAUGAAAUCUUGUAAUUGUUAUCUUAAUUCCUGUGUUAUAAGGCCAUUGAUUUUAAGUGCCUCUGAUGCCACUAAUAUGCUCUCCCUUACGUGGUCUGUAAAAAGAAGUUUCACUGUAUGAUUGUAAAUAAUUUACUUAUUUGCAGUUGAUACAAGGCUAUAGUGUGUGAUCGGAUUUUGUGACGCAUUUCAAUGUUUGUUAUACCGUGGUUCACUUCAACCCAUUUUUGACAAUACCACUGAAUUAAUCAGCAUGAUAAUGUUCGCAGUAUUUUAAGAAAUGAUCUUGAUAUGUAUCCGUGUAUAAUGUGUUUACAAACGCUUUAAAAUGAAGAAUAUUUUGUAUUAAGUGAAUAAUUUUGUUGAAUUUUGAAGAUUAAACUUUCUAUUGCUUAUUGCUUUAAAUACGCAAAUGAAACUCGGAAAACUAUGCCAAUACAGACAUAUAGGUUUUUAUACUUCUAACCAAAAACGUUUAGGUGAUAAGAGUUUUGUAGUACUUACAAGAAGUUGUAUUAAAAUGUUUUUCAUUUUUACCCUUUCUCCCUACCCAAUUCAUCCCUAACUCUUAUUUCGAUAUGAACUGGUCAAUGUUAUUGAAUUUUACGCAAUUUGAUGGGAUGAAUGUAUUAUUGCUUCACAUUUAUCUGUUUACCUAUUCAAAUUUGUCCUGUGUGUAUUAUGUCAGAACGCGAAAUUUUAUUACGUAACAAUUAAUUAUUCUUUAACAGGUACAUGUAUGCCACCUCUAAAUCUGAAGUUUAACAUUCUUUAACGGAAAUUGUAAAAUUACUCUUGUUUGUGGAUUAACAAUAAUAGUCUGUUGUACUACAAAUUACCCAUUAGAUAUUUCUUUACAAAUAUUAUAAAAGCAAUGUUCUUUAACAUGAGGAUUACAGUCUAGAGAAUAAUGGGCAUCAUAAAUGAAGAAUAGAGAAAAAUAGCAUAACACAUUAAAGAAUACAGAAAUUCAGAAACCCCAUCCAGACCUUCAAACUUUUAAUAAGACAUAAUUUUACUUUUUUUAAGUUCCUAGUCUGAAUGUCUUUAAAAUAGAAAUAUAUUCCAUAUAUCUGCAAACAGGCUACUUUGCAUUUCUUUUUAAAUACAUGUGUACAAUAAUUUAAUUGGCUAUCAAACUGGACACUGGAAGAGUUCGUGUUUUUGUUAUCAUAAGGCUAGGUAUGAAAGGUUCUUACUUUUUAACAAAAAUUUCGUAGUACAGUGGAGUUUUAUAAUAUCAAAAAGUGCAAUCUUCCAAAAUUAGAGAAACUUUACAGAUCGUCCGUUUUUAUUCUUUGAAAAUGUUAUUCUUUUAAAGACAUAAAUUGAAAUAUAUUUUACGCACGUCUAGCUUGUGUAUCUGAACAGAAAGGGGUAUUUUCAGGCUAUUAUCAUUCCAAUUUAACCUCAAUGAAAGCAAUGAGUUGAUGAAAUCAAAGUAUGCUCGAUCUUCCUGUACUUGUAAAUUAAAAGUCAUAUUGAUAAUUUUAGGUGGGAUUUGUUUACCUCACAAAAUCUUGUAAUGUACUAUAAAAUGUUGAUUUUCUUAUACAAAAAUGAUGAAUAACUUGUGCACAGAAUUCCACAUGGUGGUAUCUUUCUCCAAGACUGAUUGGCUCUACGUUGUUGGUUCUUGAAUCAACUUGUACAUACUUUACAUUUUUAAUUAUUCUUUAAUAGAACUGUAUGAUAAUAUAUGAACGUUUAUCUAAAUUUUUUCGAUCAAGAAGAACAGGGAAUAAAUUAUGAAGUUAUUGGUAAAAUAUGCAACCAAACUGAUUACUUAUAUAAGCACUUAUAUUAUCACUGUUAUAAUGACUAAUCAAUUAUAUUUUACAUUUCUAACAAUAGCAUGCUGGCAAAGCCUAGAUCGAAGUUUACAAACUAGAUUUUCUUAAUGAUGUAAAUAUAUUAUGAAAUCUAAUAAGUGUUUCUGAAUUCAAAGUUUAUCUAACUGGAAAUCAUAAUAUAACUCAAGCUCAAGAAAAUUAGACUAUCACACCAAUUCCCCAUUGAGAUUGAAAAAUACACUUUAUAAUGUUUAUUCAUUUGCUAAUGCAGCUAGAAAAGUGAAAGAUCCAAUGAGGUUAGUGUUGGAUCUGAUUUAUGUAAAAGAUAAAAAUGAUUAAGUUUCAAGGGCAUCAAUUCGAAUACAACAUAAUGAUUUUUCUAUUUUUCUAAAAUGAUUUGGAAUCUCCAUUCUUAAUAAUUUCUUGAUUUUAUUACGACGGGGAAUUUUUAGAAAAUUAUACUAUAACUUAUGUCAGUACCGACAUGAUGGUAAUUCUCUGAAAGUUUAAACGUCUUCAUACGAGUCGUUAGAAACACAAUUACGUAAAAAGUGUAAACAAUCAUACAGAAAUGCUAAACUUAAACAUAAGGAAAAGGUUGCAAACAAACUAAACUCAGUUAUUUAUAAAGGAAUUAAUGUAUGGUAAUUUCUAAUGUAACAUUAAUGUAUUUUGUAUAAUCAAGUGCUGCAAAUUGACUGUUAUUCUAAAUAAAUUUUGUGAAUUA